AUGUCUCUAGAGAAAGAUCUACUAAAGUACAAAUUACAAAUCAAAGAAUGGGAGCGGUCGUUUGCUGCCAGCAAUGGGCGAAUUCCGUCAAAAGCUGACGUCAAAGCGAACCAGGAAAUAUACAAAGCAUACAAAACGUACAACCACUUGAAGUCAAAACAGAAGAAGAAGCAACAACAAGCGGAACGUGAACUGCUGAAGGAUAAUGUUAAAAAGGGUGAGAACGCUUCAUCUCUUGAACCAUUAGAUUUUGUGCCAUCUGUUGACGCCGAGGAAGAGUUGGAGGAUGAAGGGAAUGCACUUUCUCAUGCUGAGUUGGGUCCCACGCCGCAAGCAAACGGCAAGGUACUCUCUUUGUUUGAUAUAAUGAGUCCUCCAGAAUCGUCACCUUCACGUAAAGAGAACGUGUCAUCGAAAGUAAUCAAUUCAUCCCCGUUGAAGGACCCAGCUGUGUUCAAGACGCCUACCAAAUCAGUGAAGAGGAUUGAGCUCUCUGAUUUGACACCGGCAAGAAACAAUCUGGCCAAGAAGUCUCUCACCUCUGUGCUACAGCUGGUUUCAACACCCAACAAAAAUGCAUCCUCCAACGAUAACAUCGAAACUCCGUUCUAUUUGGGGAAAGUCAAUAAUAGGUUUCAGUUCAGCCCAGGCACUGGCGAACUGCCACUGAAAAACAUGCCAACUACCCCAGUGACAAAACUGAACAAGAAUCCCAAGACUCCAUCGAAACUCUUGGAGGAACCACGGUUUCUGACUUCUCCGUCUCCGUUCAAAACCGAGCGUAUGUCGUCGUUCGGCAACAACAAGAAGCUCACAGACGUAUUUAACGAGGCAAUCAACCUACAAAUCGAUGAAGAACUCAAAGCGGAGGUUGAGUCGGAGCUCAUGUUGGAGAUGGAACGGGAAUUGGAUGAAGAAGGAGCAGCGGCACAAGACGAACCUACAGCACGUAAAACUCGGAAGAGAAUCACACAGAAAAGAACUACAAGAAGAUGGAAGAUCAAGCCUAGAGGAGAGAGUGAAGUUAUAGAAUCUUUUGAAGGCAAAAACGUGCAUGAAGAAAUCAAGAAAUUGGAGGAGAAGGAGAAAAACGACCUCAUCGAGUAUAUUGAAGGUCCAAGAGAAGGUCAAGAGUCCUACUCAUCUGAGGAGGAAACCGAAAUUGCGGUCAAACCAAAGCCGCUGGAGCCAACAAACAAAAGAAAGAAGCUCACGCCAAUAAGCAACAACUUCAAGCGACUCAAGAUCAAUGAUCCUCGUACCAAGAGGUUUAAACAGAGAAUGAGAAGGCGUUAA